AUGAUGGAAGUCACCUACAGGGACUUCCGCUACUUCAUGCGGUUGCUGUCACGCAAGGCCCAACUCUGGACCGAAAUGGUCGUGGACGAUACCAUCCUUCACAACACGGAGACGGAGAAAUGCGAUCGCUUCCUGAGAUACAACGAGGCCGAGCAUCCCAUCGUCUGCCAGCUAGGAGGGAGCGACCCCAGCAAGCUUGCACAAGCAGCUGAGAUCGUGCAGAGGUACGGCUACGAUGAAGUCAACCUGAACUGCGGAUGCCCUUCCAGCAGAGUUGCGGGCAAAGGUGAAUUCGGCUGCUCAUUGAUGAAGAAGAAGGAGCUAGUUCGUGAUGCAAUCCAUGCAAUGAGUCGUGCAGUACAGAUCCCAGUGACUGUGAAGUGUCGUUUGGGAGCGGACGAUUUCGAUUCGCCGGAGUUUACGCGGGACUUUGUGAGAACUGUCGCUCAGGGUGGCUGUAAGCACUUCAUCAUCCACGCUCGGAAGGCUUGGCUCAAUGGGCUGUCGCCUGCCCAAAACCGGACCAUUCCACCGCUCCAUUAUCCACGGAUCCUUGAUCUCUGCAGCCAGUUUCCAGACCUCAAGUUCAGCAUCAAUGGCGGGAUCGCAGACAUUGGCCACGCUCGAGCCCUGCUGGGAUUCCCACAUCAACGCCUGGACGGGGAAACGGAAGAGCUCUAUUCCUCUGCUUGGGGCUGGCCGGGCGUAGAUGUCUUCAGCGGCUCGACGGACGCCUGCCCAGCUGUGCCCCCGAAUUUGGAGGGAGUAAUGAUCGGCCGAGGAGCCAUGAAUACUCCCU